AGUGAGCUGGAGGAGAUGGGAGCCAUGUUCUGCUUGAGUUUACUCAUCUUGGAACUCAAGUCCGUAAGCUGCAGCCGUCAGCUCCUGACCCGGGCCUCGACUCUCCUGAAUGCGGUUGAAGAAGCCCUGGACCACCACCUCCAACGACGUAGCAGCAGCAGCAGUGUGACCUCAGAACCGGAUGAUGAGCCCCCCUGCAUGGAGGAAAUUGAUUACAGUACAGACGGCAGCUCAGACCUAGAAGGGAGCUUCUCUGAGCUGGACCGGCAGAUCCAAGAGUGUGCUUUCAACACGGACGAGGAAGGGGAAGAAGAAGAGGGGCCAGGCCAGGGAAGAAAAGCCAUCCCUUAGCCCUGAGGCUCAGAGUGAGCUCCAUGUCUCUAACCAUGGGACUAGCAGCUUUGUUGUUUCUUCACCAUCAGACUUGUACAGCAUCGGUGGCAAAAGCCAGCCCGUGUGAGCCCAGCAACCGAAUGCCAGAUUUUGUUUUAGUUUCACCAGGCAUAGAGACUGGCUACAUUACAAUUCUACCUUUUACAUACAUAGUUAGAUGGCCUUUGGAGCCCACGCAAGCUGCCAUUAUUCUAGAAAGGGCUACUCUCAGGAUUAUCAUGGAUCUUCUCAUCACUAUUUUGAGCUCUUCUCCCUUUCUGUGCUUGAAACUGGAGCUGACUGCAAGUAGGAGCUGGGCUUCUUUUUGACUUCUCAGCCAGAUUUCUCUAUGGUUGUCUAAGCUGUUCUACAUAUGAGUGUUCUCUCUGAUAGUUGUAUUCCUACUAUAGCAUCUGAACUCCUCAGCACAAAUUAUGAGCCCC